AAGUGACGAGAAACAAAAAAAGCCUAAGAGAUGUAAAACGAAUAAACAGAGAGCUGAAGAAACCGAGAGAGAGAGAGUGGAGCAGCUGCAGCGAAGAUGAAGCUACUAGGAUGGUGGCUGAUGCUUGUGGGUACGCUUCGAUUGGCAUCCGUUUGGUUCGGAUUCUUCGACAUUUGGGCUCUUCGCCUCGCCGUUUUCUCGCAAACCACAAUGACUGAAGUUCAUGGACGGACAUUUGGAGUUUGGACGCUGUUGACUUGCACUCUUUGCUUUCUUUGCGCAUUCAACCUUGACAACAAACCUUUAUAUUUGGCCACUUUCCUAUCCUUCAUCUAUGCUUUUGGUCACUUCUUGACUGAGUAUCUGAUUUAUCAUACCAUGGCUAUUGGGAAUCUGACAACCGUUGGCAUUUUUGCUGGCACAUCCAUUAUAUGGAUGUUGUUGCAGUGGAAUUCACAUCAGCCAACGAAGAGCAAACAUGUGUGAAAGUGGCAUCAAGCGGAAGUGUACUUGGACAUUAUCUUCAGUUAUACUUGAUCUUAACCUUGCACGAGUCAAGGUGUGUAUAACUUGGGCACUUGGUAAACAUUCUUCAUGGGCUUCAUUAGAAUCUAACUAUAUCGGCUUCAAGUUUACUACAACUGCGACGCAUGCAUAUAAUUUUUCAGACUCUUGAAGAUGAUAUCACUGUUCUGAUCAUUGAUCAAUGUGUUAUGUGUUCAUGUGAUGGAUGAUGUGAAUUUGCAGACAGGGUUUAGAUUGCUAAUGGAUGCUAUUGAUUUUCAUCUUCUAUAUAGCUUUUCUCAAACAAGAUCAAAGUAUGGAGUUUGUUCUGUUCUAAGUAUAAAUAGUGUUCUUGGCUUGUAGAUAUCAAUGGCAUUUCCUUGGGUUUGUGGUGA